UUAUUUGCCAUUCUGUCUAGUUCUUUUAUCGACAUUACCCAACUGCCGUACGACUUGACCCAAUUACUGGAACUUGAGCUUGAAGGUCCAAACCAGCAACGUGGCGGUCGCCUCUUUGUUCUUGUCACAUUGACCGGCCUCAUCCGUUCUCCAGCCAUCCGACUUGCUGCCUCCUCCUUGAUCAAUAAUGGCUCUCCCCUAGCUAGCGCUUUUCCAUCUAAUGGUGAGAAUACUACCUCUGGCGCUGGUGGAGCUAUCCCUUCUAACGGUUCUAUGAAGUUACAGCAGCUGCCCAUGAUCAGCUCUGAUAACGGGAGCCCAGUGGAAAUUGCUCCACCAUCAAUUUCUUCUGUUAUACCAUCUAGCAUCACUCUUAAUACGAACAGAUUCUCAGAUACCCUGAUGGAACAUAUGAUGUCUUUUAAUUCACCAUUACCACUCAAGGUUAUCAAGGAAAUAAAGUCUUACUAUGUAGGUGGACCUGAGUUCGACUAUCUUUACCUCCAAUUUUUGUUAUAUUUAAAACGUAUGGACUACAAUUUCCACCACGCCUGGGUCUCAUCAGCACAUUUAACUGGAAUCAACCCAGAUAAAUCAGCACUUAUUUUCGACAUGCCACCACUAGAUCAAAUUGCCACGGGUGUUAUUGGGUAA